AAAUUUAUGACCCAAGCAGUGUGCAGGGAUGCACACACGGUUCAUCUUCAUAUUCAUAGGUCAACACUGCGCUUUCUCCGCCAGUUUCCUGUUUCCUGUGUGCUUCAAGAGUGGUUGAACGUAAUGCUCCCUGUAUUUUACUUCAAGAAUUCAGUGAUUUAGCAGAAAUACCAAAAUUGUACGGACCAAACUCGCUGUGAAGAUUUGAACAAUUAGCGCGUUCAUGGGGCGCUGCGAGAGCGCAGGCGAGGCGCGUGAAGAGGCAAGCAGUAUAAAUUAACUCGAUUCUUGAGCUCGAGCAGUGUUAGCGAUCCCUCAUCUCUCCCGCCUGUAUGUACAUGAAUUUAUGUACAUACGAAUUACGCAACUACACGUAGUGCAACUUCAAUAACAAUUCAAGAGUUUACAAAUUGCGUGCUAGGUAUGGGAAGAGAGCGAAAGAGUUACCUUGAACUUUCCAAAAGACAAAGAAGAAGGAGAGUUGCAGAGGCUUACAAUCAACACCUGCGAUCAGAUUCAGUUGCCCAAAGUGUUUCUGAUUCAAAGAAAACCAAAGAGGGAGUUUUUUCUAUGAGCACUGAAGAUAUGGAAAGAAAGCGAAAGAGUUUGCUACUUCUUUCUGAAAGACAGAAAAUGAGAGUUGCAGAGGCUUCAAAUCACAAACUACUGCAAUCAGUUUCAGUUGCCCAAAAUGGUUCUGAUUCAAAGCAAACCAAAGAGGGGGUGUUUCCUUUGAGCUCUGAAGAUAAGGGAAUAAAGCGAGAGAGUUCGCUGCUUCUUUCUGAAAGACCAAAAAUAAGGAGAGUUGCAGAGGCUUCCAAUCACCAACCACUGCAAUCCGUUUCAGUUGCCCAAAAUGUUUCAGAUUCAAAGAAACCCAAAGAGGGAGUAUUUCCUUUGAGUACUGAAGUCUUUCAGAGGGUGGUCUUGAAGAACUUAAAGAUGAUCCAAAAAAAGCUGGCUUUGAUUGAGCUUACCGUUGAGAGCAUUCAUGCCCGACUGGAUCAGUUGCAAAACAACCCACCAAACAACGUGCACAAGGAGUGCACCACCAAGCCCAUUGAAGAAGACACCUUUGAUCUGAAGUUACCUUUAAAAGGACCAAAGGAAUUUUUUGACAUGGAGGAAAAUUUGGAUGAGAAGUCGUUCUAUGAAAAGCUGCUGAAAGCUACAAAAAAUCACAUCGCGAAGAAGGGCUUUCAGUUGUUUGGUACAAAUGAGACCAAAAUCAGGAAGUGCAUUUGCAACAUCAUUAUGCCAUUGUUCUUUUCCCCAUCUCUUGUCAAAGUUAGCAGCAAAGCAGGUCAAGGGAGAAAAAAUAUUGUCAAGAUUGCUGGCACACUGUUCAUCAACUUAAUUGCUGAUGCAAUCAAUCAAUUAGAUAAGGACUUCAUGGCCAGUCAACAAAUGGUGGAGACAUUCGUUGGUGACUAUCUUCGAAGAGAAGGAAGCAAGUUGCGCAAGGAUGAUACUGAUGCGCAAAAAACUAUGGAUCAGCGUAAAGCUCCAUUUUCACCAUACAAAAUGUCCCCCUUACAGAAGGACAAAGGCAAUGGCUGUUUCCCUGGAACCAGCCACAUUCCUACUACUGAGAAGAGCCAUGAGGGCUUUGCUGCACAUCCUGCUCAAAAAAGGAGUAUUCCAACGAGGAACUUGGAUUAGGAUCUGAGCGAUUCUGAUGGCGAUAUUUACAUCACUGAUGCGGAUUUGCUUUAAAAUGUAACAUCUCCAAUAGCUAGUUGCAAAAUCCAUUAGGUCUUGAAGCCGCUACUAGAUAGCGCCAGCAGUUACUUUUGAUUUUAAGGCACCAAUACUGCCACUGCAUUCUUCAUCUAAAAUUAUAUAUUAACAUUUAAUGUUGUGUGAAACAAAAGUCGGUCCAGUUAUAAAGGAGGAGAUUUUCAAGAUUAAUCGAGUGAAUGCCAUGAUGACUUAGGCUCGUUUAAAAACUUGAUUGGAUCUUAUAGGGCCAGUAAGAAAUAAAAAUUAAGAAAUGCCAAAUA